CUCCGAGGAGGCCGGUUAAGUCUCUCUGCCUGCUGCAUUGAGCGAGAGUCUACCCGGGAGAGCGACAGAGAGACUCGAGCGCCCGCUGAAGAAACCCGGCAUGGAGAACCAGCUGGAAAAGAGAUAUACUUAUGAAGAUGGGAAAAAGACGGCAGAUUGGCUACUGGCCAACACGAAACACCGGCCCAAGGUGGCCAUCAUCUGCGGCUCAGGCCUCGGCGGGCUAGCGGACCUCCUGAAGGACCAAGUGGUUUUUGAAUAUACCAAGAUCCCCCAAUUCCCUCACAGCACAGUUGCCGGCCAUGCUGGGAAAUUGGUGUUCGGGAACCUCUCUGGGAAACCCACCGUUGUGAUGCAAGGUCGCUUCCACAUGUAUGAGGGUUACCCACUCUGGAAGGUGACCUUCCCGGUACGAGUCUUCAGUCUCCUCGGUGUUGAGACCCUUAUUGUCACCAAUGCAGCUGGGGGGCUCAACCCAGAGUACAAAGUUGGGGACAUCAUGGUGAUUCGCGACCACAUCAACAUGCCGGGGUUUGCUGGAGUGAACCCUCUAGUGGGACCUAAUGAUGAAAGGUUCGGGGCCCGUUUCCCAGCUAUGUCGGAUGCCUACGACCGGGACCUGCGGAAACUGGCGCACACGGUGGCCAGUGAGAUGGGCUGUUCGGGGAGCUUGCGCGAGGGGGUUUAUUGUUCGUUAGGUGGCCCCAACUACGAGACCAUCGCCGAAUGCCGCUUCCUGCAGCGAUUGGGCGCUGAUUCAGUGGGCAUGAGCACGGUCCCUGAGGUGAUCGUGGCCCGCCAUUGUGGCAUGCGCGUCUUCGGCUUCUCCCUCAUCACCAACAAAGCCGUCUUGGACUACGAGACGAAGGAGAAGGCCAACCACGCCGAGGUGCUGGAGACCAGCCGCCAGAGCGCCCGCGUCCUCGAGAAGCUGGUCUCCCUGAUGGUGCAGCGCAUCGAAAGGAAUAACAACGUGGCCUAGCGACGGGGCUGUUCCGAGUGACCAGCGAGUCUCUCGCCGGCGGGCAAAGGUUUUCACACACCUGGAGGUGAAGAUGCAGCUGACUCAAGUCCUUCGCCUCUUCCCCUCCAAGUCCCACAUUUCCAGAUUAAAUCCUACUACUGAGUUUUCUGCCAUAUCGAAUAUUUCCCCAAACUUCCAUUCUGCUCUCCUCUGUUUCUUUGUUCACCCUCCACCUUCCAAUAUAGUGUUUCUCUGUCUCUCUGUCCGUCGGUUGGAUGCCCUCUCUCCCUCUCUGUUUCAGAAUCUUGUUUCUGGAUGUAGCUGCUGUUUCUGCUUCUCCUUUGGGGUCGCCAGUAACCUAUUCCAGGGCACCUGAGGGUUUGCCCUUCCAAACAGUUGUAAUCACAGGGAUCUCUCGCAAUUUAAUUGUUUCCUGUUCUUCAGUUUUCUGAAGGUCAGAUGUGUUGAAAAUGUCCUCCCAAAAUGCUGUUCGAAAUUGUUGUCGUCACCCGGUCGGGUCUGGCCAAUGAGUUCUUCUCUUGUCCCUGGUCUGUUCCCGCAGGUUGGGCCUCGGUCGCAUGGAUGCUAUAAUGUCUGCCUGUCUUUGGAGUAUCCUUUGUGUAUCCUUGGAGUAUCCUCCCCCUAAUACACCCCAUCUUCUUUGCACCCCCAGUUUUUUGCUUCUGGUCUUUGAAGUCAUCUCCGUUUCUCUUUCGUUGAGGUCUCCAUAUCGGCCCCCUCUUUCCAGUUGUCUCUCUUCUCCUGUCUGUCUUUCUGUUCCCUUUCAUUUUUGGGGAGGAUCGUGGACAGGAAGUGAAGGGACGGCUUUUUCUCAGAACACCACGAAGCUUGAGAGGUCUGUCCUGGUCCCACAGCACCUCUUCCUGAAGCAGUGAGUUCCUUAGAUGCUGGUUUCACCUUCAUGCCAUCAGUCACAAAGGCCUUAUUCUCACAAACAACGGUUGCAGAUCGUUUCUGGACUGGGCCAUUUCAGACUGCUCUUGACUGAAUGCCCAAAAGCAAACAAACGAACAAAAAAACCUCCGCAAACAGGAAACUAGCACGUCAGAGAUUCAACCCUGUUCUGCUAGUUUUCUAGGUUCAGGGAUUUUUUUACGGAGUACUAUCCAGUUCAGUCUGACUCGCAGUCUGGUGCAUUCCAGAUGCUUUUCAUCUCUCCUGCUGUUCAUAUGAAGGACUAAUUUUCCUGGGAUCUAUUGUUUGGUCCAUUCCGUCAGCCUUUUCCUUAAAGAAAGGCAUCUAGCAGGCCUUACAUUCCGUACUUAUCUCUCUGUGAACCAGAGGGGCCACCUUGAAUUUUUCUCUGAAGGUCCUAGAAGGCAUCUUUCCAACAAGGUGGUUCAUGAAGAAUUGGACAAUCGUUUCCUUCCAUAGCGCAUGGGAUAAAGCCAUGGGUUUUGAAUAUCAGUCGGCGACGGACUUUGCGAUUUGGGCCGUUGUGGCCUUCGCAAGGCAUUGAGAGAUGGCCCUUCUUCCAUUUUUAGUCUUGGAACUUGACUAGAAGGUGGUCUCUCUCUUACACAGUUUUGAUGAGGGAGUUAACCGUAGUUUCCCGUUGGCAGGAACAAAUGUUCUGAUGUUGACAGUUGGGAGUUCUGGCUCUUUGGCCCCUUCCGCACAUGCAGAUAAUGCACAUUCAGUCCACUUUCCCAGUUGUUUGAAAGUGGAUUUUGCUGUUCUGUGCUGUAAAAUCUACCAUGAAAGUGGAUUGAAAAUGUGCGGAAGGGGCCAUAGUGGAGUUCUAAGUGAGAGUCUUUGGAUAUAUGUCCCUGGGGGGGGCAGGCUGUAUGUCUCUUUUUCGUCUCUCCUUCCAGUUUCUAACGGAAGCGGAAUGUCAUGGCUGCUGUUACUGUUAUUUCAGGGAUAUUGUGGUUGUUAGCCAAGAGCUUUUCCAUUCCUCCUUGGUUUCCCCAUACUGUAGGCCCCAACUGUUUUGAGGAAGAGGAGAGUAGAAAGCAGUAGCCGUUGCCAAGACGAUGCUCAUUAAUUUCCAAAAUCACCACAGACAAUGGGGGGAUUGCUCUGAGGUGGAGAAGGAAGGCUGGAAGAACAGCCACAGGAAAACAAUCUUGGGUUAUGUGACCUUCACCAAUAAGCGAAGGUGUGGCCUUCGUCUGCCAACUGACCAGGAAAAUAACCCAGCCGGCCUCCUCUUCUGCUUUUAACAGCCGCUUGAUGGGCUGGAACCAGCAAGCGAAACUUUCCACUGCAUGGAAAAUGUAAGGGUCUCGUGUGCGCCUUGAAGCGCUGUAAACAGCUCAGCUAGUCUGAGAAGUUGGCAACCUAGCCCGGCCAGAAUUGGAAACGUGCGUGGAGACUUUUGCCAUCUGAACAGGGGCCAGAGAAUCCAGCUUUCUGCAGCGUGCACUUACAUUUAGGAAUUAAAAACCAGUCCAGAUAUUUACGUGGAAGGAAAACUUGAUUCAGGAAGACAAUCCUAAAAGGGUGUUGUUUGUUCUUCAAUCUGCUAGUUUCUCAAACGGGCAUACCCAGGAAUGGCUUCUGCCUACUUGAGCUUUCCCUAGCUUCUCUUUCCAACUCUAUCUUGACUUGAACCGGAGAAAAGUCCCCCUAAUCUUGCCAGGGUUGGGUCGUCGACACUGAGGCAUCGGAGAGGGUUAUGGGUGCGAGAGAUGCCACCUGAUGUCAAUUGCUAUGCUAUGAAGUUCUCGGCGGGUUUAGACUAUAUAAAGAGAAGUAUAUAUAUAUAUAUUUUUACAGGAGUGUUAGCAUUCUGCACUUUUUAUUUUAUUUAAAUAAAUGGAGCCCCGGUUUUAAAAAUGAUAAUAUUAAUUAAUAAUAAUAAAACAAGAUGG